CCAUAACCCAAAGUCAAGUCAAAUAUGAGGUGCUCCAAAGAAGAAGAAGAAGAAAAAGAAGAAGAGGAGGAAAAAGAAAAACCUUUUUCAUUUCUGGAUUUCUAUUUGAAGAUUGAUGAUAAUAGUAUGAUCUAUUUUUAGGAUGGCAAUUACACGGGAGUAGGAGAGCUCUGCCGUCACUUGGUGAUGAUUCAGGUAAAGUAUAAUAGAUUAGAACAAAAUUUCAGUGUAUCAAGGAUGCACAGCACAGCAACUUGGUCAGUAAUUCUCUCUUUAUCUCCAUGAACAAACCUGUAUCCAAAUCAUCUUUUACUGAAUCAUUCUGGUUAGAGAUCAACCACUAGUCACACCAAGAAAUAAAGUCAUCCAGAGUCAAGUUUGAUUAGUGAUUGGAUACUCACAUCAUAACUAAUAGAAGAAAAUAAAUGGGUCACUUGGAAUUCACAAUCUUAGUUCUUUCUGCCAUACAAUACACUGUCCUGAUAACUACUGCACAACCCACCUAUGUUUCUCAUGUAUGUUCAGGAGAAAAUUACAAUUCCAACAGUAUAUUUCAGUCUAACCUCAACCGCCUUCUUUUGUCUCUUUCCUCAUCCAACAACACAGUUGUUAAAACUGGAUACUAUAACACCACUGCCGGCCGAAACCCGGAUUCUGUUUUCGGGUCUUUCCAGUGUAGUGGUUUUGUUACAUUAGAAAAUUGCCAAGACUGUGUUGAUAAAGCAACUCAGGAGAUUAUGGAAAGUGAUGGAUGUCCAAAUUCGAAACAAGCAAUUAUUUGGUAUGAUGAAUGUUUGUUAAGGUAUUCGGAUGAAUCGUAUUUCUCCACCAUGCGAGAUGUUCCAGCAAGUUAUGCCAGAAUUGGUGAAGAUGUCGACAAUGGAGAUAUGUUUGACAGGCAAUCAUCUAGUCUGUUACAUAGUCUAAUAGACGAAGUCUCAAAAGAUAGUUCUUCUAUCAACAGUGGUACUCUAUAUGCGAAUGGAGAAACAAAUUAUAGUAGCUCACUGAACUUAUAUGGGGUUGUACAAUGUACCUCAGAUAUAUCACGAAGUGACUGCAAUACUUGUCUAAAUGCGGCAAUUUCAAACUUCGGGAAAUGUUGCUUUGGGAAGUCUGGUGGAACAGUCGUUCUACCGAGCUGUUACUUCAGAUAUGAGACGUAUCGUUUCAAUGAUUCUAAGGUGAAUUCACCACCUUCAUCUUUAGUAUUGCCUAGCCCUCCGCCAUCUUCAACCAACACAACAAACACAGAAGAAGAGAUAAAAAUAAGAUCACCAAAAGUAGCUAUUAUUGUUGUUGUUUCUUUAGUGACUGCAACACUCUGCACCAUAACAAUUCUUUGGUGUUUCUGUAUACAAAAGAGGAAGGUGAAGAAAGGAAAUGCAGAAGCCAUAAUCUUAAAUUCUGCAGCUUUGCAAAUUGAUUUCAAUACUAUAAAACUUGUCACUGACAACUUCUCUGACAACAAUAAACUCGGGGAAGGUGGUUUUGGUUCAGUUUACAAGGGUACACUAGAGAAUGGGCAGGAAAUAGCUGUGAAGAGGCUCUCUAGAUAUUCAGGCCAUGGUGGAGAAGAAUUUAAGAAUGAAGUUAUGUUAGUAGCCGAACUUCAACAUGAGAAUCUUGUAAGGCUUUUGGGUUUCAGCUUAGAUAAAGAAGAAAAACUACUCAUCUAUGAAUUCAUGCCAAACGCAAGUCUCGACCUAUUCCUAUUCGAUCCUGUUAAAUGUACAAUGUUGGACUGGAAAAGACGAUAUAACAUUAUAGUAGGCAUUGCACAGGGUCUUCAGUACCUACAUGAGGAUUCUCAAGGUAGGAUUAUUCAUCGAGAUCUCAAAGCCAGCAAUAUAUUACUAGAUGUUGAUAUGAACCCCAAAAUAUCUGAUUUUGGCACGGCAAGGAUGUGUAUGGAAACCCAAGCUAAUACAAGUAAAAUAAUCGGUACAUAUGGAUAUAUGGCUCCAGAGUAUGUAAAGCAUGGGUAUUUUUCUGAAAAAUCAGACGUCUUUAGUUUCGGUGUCGUAGUUCUUGAGAUCCUUAGUAGUAAGAAAAAUCACGCUUUCAACGAAUCAGAAAUUGGAGGUUCCCAGGACCUUCUAAGCUAUGCUUGGAGACUUUGGAAGAACGAGACACCUCUAGAGUUCAUAGAUCCAACAUUAAGGCAGUGUUGUGUGAUAAGUGAAGUGAUGAUAAGCAUCCGGGUUGGCUUGUUAUGUGUUCAACCAGAUACAACUGACAGGCCUGCAAUGGCGUCAAUUAUGGCUAUGCUCAAGAGGAAAUCUGAUAUGCUGCCACUACCUUCAGCCCCUGCAUAUUUUACAACAGACCAAAUGUCCCUGAAGCUGGCACCAUGGAGUGUAAAUGGUGCAUCAAUCAGUGAAUUGUAACGGCACUAUACGAAAUGGUAUUCAAUAAUAAUCCAUUCUUUCCUUCUUCGUUAUUCGAAGAACUUGUAUUUGAAAUAAAUAAAAAAUUUAAAAA